CGUCCAGUUGGUGGAAUUCCCCACGUGGUUUUCACUCCGGUAUAAAAACUUUGGGUGCGCGAGCCCCUGUUGUCCUGAUUGCAUAGGGUCUCGCAGUGCGGAGAGGAGAGGCAGAGGCAGCAGCAGCAGCGCGAGUGGUCCACGUACAGCAUCUUGUUAAAAGACGCACAGUGCUGGCCAUUCAAACGCACCGGAGUUACACAGCGAGUGCUGGGAGUUCAGUCCGUGUGGGUUUUGAAUGGGAGAGAGCGCAAGGAGUUUGGAACCGCGUUUGGGUCAGUUUUACGCGUCUUUUCCUCAACUUUUUUCCUUGUUUGACUUGGACUGAAGCUGAUAUGACACAAACGCGCCCACGAUACAAGAUGAACUUUUAUUUGGAGUUUUUCUGGAGUAACUAGCGUGAGGAGUAUUGGAUUUCUUGACGCACUCCUGGGACAGUUUGGGACAUUUAAAGACAAAAAAAAAAGUGAUUCUUAGUGGAUUGUUUUGGAGACGUUUGCUUACGUUGAUAAUACGUGCUUUUGAACUGUAAGAGACAAUGAGCGUGUCCACCGUGGCGUUGUGCUGUUUGGUGGCGUUGUGCGUCGUGGUGACCGUACUCGGAGCACAGAGCCCCACAGCCUCCUCAUCUUCUUCCUCCUCGUCUUCAUCGCCCUCUUCACCCCAAGAAUCGUGCGCGUCUUGCGGCCUGAGAGCGCCGGACCAGUCGGAGCGAGUAAACGUGGACUUUGUGGAGGCAGUGAAGAGGCACAUUCUGAACCGGCUCCAGAUGAGGGAGAGACCCAACAUUACGCACCCCAUCCCCAAGGCAGCCAUGGUGACGGCGCUACGGAGGCUGCACGCGGGGAAAGUGCGCGAGGACGGACGGGUGGAGAUCCCGAGUUUUGACGGACACGCUGCCUUCAACAACGAGGUGCAGGCGGAGACCUCGGAGAUUAUCAGUUUCGCCGAAUCAGAUGAACAUACAUCAUCUAAGUCUGGCCUUUACUUCCUCAUCUCUAACGAGGGGAACCAGAACCUGUUUGUGGCCCAGGCCAACCUGUGGUUGUACUUCCGGGUGCUGCCCGGUGGACCAGAGAAGGGCCUGCGCCGGAAGGUGACAGUGAAGAUCCACUACCAGGAGGCGGGGCCAGUGAGCGGUGGAGCAGAGGGGGGUCCAGGAGAAGGUGGAGGAGGGGGCUCUGGGCGCUGGUCUCUGGUGGAGAAGCGUGUGGACUUGAAGCGCAGCGGCUGGCACACCUUCCCUCUGUCCGAUGCGGUGAGAGCUGUGUUUGGCAAAGGCAGUCGGAGGCAGGACCUGGAGGUGCACUGUGACGGCUGUGAUACGGCUGGAGUGGUUCCCAUCCUGGUGGACCCCAGUGACCCCUCUCAUCGACCCUUCCUGGUGGUGCGGGCCAAGCAGGUGGACGGGAAGCACCGCAUCCGAAAAAGAGGACUGGAGUGUGAUGGGACGAGCGGGGGGCUGUGCUGUCGGCAGCAGUUUUACAUAGACUUCCGCCUCAUUGGGUGGAACGACUGGAUCAUUGCACCUGCUGGCUACUAUGGCAACUACUGCGAGGGGAACUGCCCGGCGUACAUGGCCGGAGUGCCGGGCUCUGUCUCGUCCUUCCACACUGCUGUAGUAAACCAGUAUCGAAUGAGAGGCAUGAGCCCCGGCUCUUUUAGCUCCUGCUGCAUCCCCACCAAACUCAGUACUAUGUCCAUGCUCUACUUUGACGAUGAGCUCAACAUCGUCAAGAGGGAUGUGCCCAACAUGAUUGUAGAGGAAUGUGGCUGUGCCUGAGCCACAGGCCUUGGGUCAUUGGUGAACUUGGAAACAGUCAGAAAGGCCUUUUGUACAAACAAGACGUUAUUGUACGGUACACAUAUCUAUAUAUCUAUACCUGUAUGUGCAGGCCACACUGGUACAGCCUCAAAGGUAUCAGUGCUGCUGUGCCUCUGCACACACAGCGAGUGUGCUUAUUUAUCAGACUGUCACAUGCUCGCUGUCAGCUUCGUCUGUCGGGCUACAACUGGUCAGUGAUUGGACGAGAAGGGAAUGACUAUCACCAAAUGAUGCUUUGCUCUAGUUUGCCAUUUCUAGUCAAAAAAUAAUGGCCCAUCAUCUCCUGACUGAAGCGCUUAAAGAAAGUGACAGGAUCAACCGACUAUCAAAAUGCUCCCACACAACUCUAGUCCUUGAACUAAGCACAUGACUUUCAAAUUUUUAUGAAGCACUGACAAUUCAUCAGCUUAUACAAUUCAGAACACCAGCACUUCCCUACUGUACAGACAGACUGUCCUCUCUGGUAGAUUUGGAGCGGCGGCGCUUAAUGCCUUGCAGGAUUAUACCCACCGCAGUGCAAGUGGCAGAGUGUCCUCCACAUUGUCGUCUUCUUUCUCACUGUUGACUAUGGGCCUCAACCUUUAAGUUCCUGCCUGUUUGGAGCGCUGCAGGCCCUGUUACCAUGACAAACAGGUGAAGAUGGUCUCAUAAGUGCACUUCACUUGUGCACUGGGAACUCCAGAGAGUGGACUGCUGCCUCCCCUGCCUGAGGGCUGCUCCCUGGUCAGGGGGAGAUACGGCCCAGUGGGUCGCCAUGGUGCAGUGCAGCACUUGCAGAAACUGAAAUGCACACCCUGAAUAGCACUUGUAUAAAGAAUUGCCUUCUAAGGGGUACUGAGUGUCCUGUCCUAUCACUAAAUAAGUGCCACAUGAGCUAUGCAAUGUAUAGUAACUAUUCCAUACUCCACUGCUCGUUUAGACUGAAUCUCACCCCUCUUCUCUUUACUCUUCCUCUCUACAGUCCUCCACCUUUUAUCAAUACUUGAAAUGUAAUCUUUCGCUUACUUUCCAAAGCGAAUGAUUGUUGUGAUGUUUGCACUGAAAAGUUGCGGGAUUAGCGAAACAAAACUGCCAUUGAAAAAAAUAAUAUUUUUAUAGAAGUAAAUUGAAUUUUGUUUCAAAUGUAUUUACCUAAUUAAUGGAACCAAAGAGGCCAUGAAUUUAGCUAUUGUACCAAGAUGGCAAGGCCACAGUCAUUGUGUACAAUACUGUUUUUGAUCAUUUGCAAAAGGCCUACCACUGUAUCAGGGUACGAGAUAUGAUUUCAUUUCUUAGCUCUAUUUUCAUUCUGUUUUGUACAAUACAUGAACACUUCGUUUUUCAUCUUAAAUCUAUUUUUGUUUUCUAUUUAAUAAGAGUUAUUUUUAGUUUCUGUCUAAGAAUCAUUUAGUCAAAUAAAUGUCAUUCUGUACAGUUUAUGUAAAAUAAAAUGUUUUCUUAAAUAACUUAA